AAUCAUUCAUAAUCCGUAAUUGUGACAUCUUUAUUUCUAUUUGGGAUAGUAAUCCACUUGUAAAAAUUUUUAAAAUUUUUAUACGUAUGUAAAUCCAACAUCAUCUGCUGAACAUACUUUCGAACAUCUCAUUUUUCAUGAUUACCUGCACGAAGAAUAGAUUCCAAGCACUUACACUGAACAUCGCCACCGUCCAAAGCAAAAAAUCAGCAAUCAAUUUACCUAAAUACGUAAGACUUUCAUUACCAUUAUGAAGUUAUAUUUGAAAGUGUUGGUUGGAUUAGCAAUAGUAGUUGCGACAGUUUUCACACAAAAUAAUAACUGCACCCUGACGGGCAAUUCCUUGAACAAUCUUAACUCUAUUCAGCGACAAUGCACUGAGAUUGUAAUAGAAAAUUUCACAGUGCCUGCAAAUCGAACUUUAUUAUUAAGAUCACUUCGAAGUGGUACUACAAUAACUUUCAAAGGAAUCAUAAGAUUUGAAUAUGCAGAAUGGGAAGACGAUCUUAUUGUGGUCUCAGGCUCAAACAUCACUGUCAUAGGAGAACCUGGACAUCAAUUCGAUUGUCAUGGCGAAAGGUGGUGGGAUGGACAAGGUGGAAAUGGUGGCAAAUCAAAACCGAAAUUUUUCCGCACGACCAACUUAAAUUAUUCAACUGUCACAGGGUUGAACGUAAGAAAUACCCCGAAACAAGUUUUUUCCGUUAACCGCUGCAAUCAUGUCGUAUUUUCGAACAUCAUAAUAGAUAAUUUGGACGGGGAUUCAAGGGGUGGGCAUAAUACUGACGGAUUUGAUUUGAACGAAAAUAAUGAUAUAACGAUUCAAAACAGUCAAAUUUUUAAUCAAGACGAUUGUUUCGCGAUCGGUUCGGGAACAAAUUGUAAUUUUUUUUACAACUACUGUUCCGGUGGUCAUGGAAUAUCCAUCGGUUCAGUUGGUGGCCGCAGAAGCAACGUAGUGCAAAAUGUUCACGUUAAAAAUUGCACUGUGGUAAACUCGGUAAACGGAAUUCGGAUUAAAACGAUUGUUAACGCAACAGGCCAAGUACUUGACAUCAAGUAUGAAGGUAUAAUUUUGGAAAACAUUACUAAUUAUGGUAUAGUGGUACGAGGCGACUAUCUGAAUGGCGGACCCACUGGGCAUCCCUCAAGGGGAGUUCCUAUUAGAAAUUUUACUCUGGAUAAUGUUCACGGCAGGGUACAAGAACGUGGUGUCAACGUCUACAUACUUCUUGGAGAAGGUGUAGCCUCAGGCUGGAAAUGGACCGAUGUCGAAGUCACAGGCAGCAGACGUACCAACGUCGGGUGUACUGGAGUGCCAUCAAAUUCAGGAGUUGAAUGUUAAUCAAAAUUAUAUUACACUUAUAGAUAUAUGUAUAUUCAAAUUGUUCUUACCCUACAAAGCUUACUUAAAAGAUACAUAAUUACUUUUAUACUGCCCUACGAGAUGAUCAUAAAAACGUGUACAAUCAUUCUAAACGUCUCAAGAUGUGAAAACGAUGUAAACUGGACACAGAUAUGUGUCAAUAAAAGGAAUAUGAUUCUUAGAACUCAUGUAC